AUGUCGACAUUUCCUUGGAACAGUGAAGCGAUCAAGCUGGCCGAGUUGCCGCAGACGUUCGACAAGCUCGACAUGACGUCGGACAACCGAACGCGCGCGGCGGUGACCGACGCGGCCAUCAAAGUCAGCGCCCACCAUCAUGUUCAAAGCCCCGAGCUUGGAGUUUCAUAG